CACAGUUCAGUACAGGGAAAACUCACCUCCUGCAUGCAGCGUUUCAGUUUGUCGAAAUCAUUUUUUUAAGUUAGGUUAUAAUCGUAUGCAUCAAAUCAUACAAUUAAUUAUAAGCUAGUUUUUUAAGGAAAAAACUUAAAUUUAGUGAAUUUGCAGUGCGAAUAAAUUGAGAUUCUCGCAGACGAACACUUGGCGGAAACGAAAGUUACGUAUUGACGUCGUGGCUUUAGUUAUCUAAGCUGAACAACCGCAAAGUGUGGAUAUAGCAUAUGCAAGCCCCUUCAGUAGUCGGAGCGAGUUUCUUCACUUAAGCUAGCUAUACUUUGCUUAAAUAAAACUAACGAUAACAAACUAAAAAACUACUAGUUAACUUCAUUAACAUAUUGAAAAUACUACAUUCGGUAAGAAAACCAGCGCAAAAAGUACCGAAAACUUUGCAGGAGCAACAGAAUAAGUAACGGCCUAAAAACGAUUUCAACAACUGCAACUAGUCCCCAGAAGAUCAUGGAGGAAGACGAGAGGGGAAAACUUUUUGUUGGCGGUCUGUCAUGGGAGACGACUCAGGAAAAUCUAUCGCGUUAUUUCUGUCGUUUUGGAGAGAUCAUUGAUUGUGUAGUAAUGAAAAACAACGAGAGCGGUCGUUCGCGUGGUUUUGGUUUCGUUACGUUUGCAGAUCCUGCAAAUGUGAACCAUGUACUUCAGAGCGGUCCUCAUACGCUGGACGGACGGACAAUCGAUCCAAAACCAUGUAAUCCACGUACUCUUCAGAAACCUAAAAAGGGUGGCGGAUAUAAGGUUUUCCUUGGAGGUUUACCAUCCAAUGUAACUGAGACCGAUUUGCGUACAUUCUUCGGACGAUAUGGCAAAGUCACUGAGGUAGUCAUAAUGUACGAUCAAGAAAAGAAAAAAUCUAGGGGCUUCGGCUUUUUAUCCUUUGAAGAGGAAUCCUCUGUCGAACAUGUCACCAAUGAACGCUACAUCAAUCUUAAUGGCAAACAGGUGGAAAUCAAAAAGGCAGAACCACGAGAUGGAUCUGGCGGUCAGAACGCUAAUAAUAGUAAUGUUAGUGGUGGAUAUGGAAAACUUGGCAAUGAAUGCAACCAUUGGGGCCCCCAUCAUGCGCCUAUUAAUAUGAUGCAAGGUCAAAACGGCCAAAUGGGUGGUCCGCCACUUAACAUGCCCAUCGGAGCGCCAAAUAUGAUGCCUGGAUACCAAGGUUGGGGAACUUCGCCACAACAACAGGGCUAUGGUUAUGGAAAUAGCGGACCUGGAUCUUAUCAAGGGUGGGGUGCACCACCGGGACCACAGGGACCACCACCACAAUGGUCGAACUAUGCAGCUGGUCCGCAACAAACACAAGGCUAUGGAGGAUAUGAUAUGUACAAUUCGACAUCAACUGGAGGUCCAUCGGGUCCUUCAGGUGGUGGCAGCUGGAAUUCUUGGAAUAUACCCCCAAAUUCGGCUGGUCCAACAGGGGCACCAGGCGCUGCUGCUGGAAGCGCUACUGAUAUGUAUUCUCGCGCUCAAACAUGGGGUGCCGGUGGUCCCUCAACUACUGGCCCAGUAGGUGGUAUGCCUCGCACUGGUCCAGGUAAUUCAGCAUCAAAAUCCGGCUCUGAAUAUGACUACGGCGGUUAUGGCUCUGGUUACGAUUAUGACUACAGCAACUAUGGCAAGCAAGACGGCGGUGCCUCGAACUAUGGUGCCGGACCCCGUUCAACGUAUGGAAAUGACAGUGCAACACAACCUCCAUACGCUGCCUCGCAGGCAGUUUAAGGCGCAUUAGUCUAGACACUUACGCGUCCAAAUUGCAGCGUUCUCGCCGAAGUAAUGAACGUUGCCUUUCGGUCGUGUACAGUGAAACAAGAUUAAAUUAUAAGCUUAGCGUCUAUUCAUUCAGUUCAGUUGUUGAAAUUAAUUACUAACUAUAUAUAUAUAUAUAUUACAUAAACAAAUACUAAAUAUAAAGUUUAUAUACAUACAUUACUUAUAAUGAGGAAAAAGGACAAAGAAAAAACAUAUAUGUGAAGGCAUAAAAAUAAAGCGAAGAGCAUUAGGCACUUAACAAACAUACAUAAACACUGCUACCAUCCAUUAUACACAGACAUUGACUAAACAAAUCGUAGCGUAAAAUUACAAGCAAAAAGUAAAUUCAUAAUUUGAAAACAUUUAGAGAACGAAUCGUAAACUGUUCAUUAAUCUAGUAUAAAUUUGUUAGAAUGAAUCAACUGGUACAGCUAUAACGAUGUAUGAGACUGUAGAGAGAGAAAUGGGUAUAUGUUGUGGCGAUCUUAUUUUGAAUUAAUUAUGAGUUAUUUAUUUUUUGCAUGAAUUUAUGAAUGAAUGCCCAAAAUAACUCGCUUUUAGGCACAAUACAAUAAUUUAGAUGGAUAUUUUUCGGGAAUACAUUUAUACUUAACGAGUUAUAAGUUGUACCUAAUCAUUUAAAUAAGCUAUUAGUGUUUAAGGAGUUGUUUUAUCUCACUCCCCAGUAAUAUUUACUUUUAGUUCUCUAUGUUAGGAAGUUUGUUAAACUGUAAAUUCGUUGCACAUCUGCACAUUUGCCGCAUUUAAUACACUACAGUCUAACUUAGCUGGCAGUUCCAGUUGAUUUCUUUUAUUUCAUAAUCGCAAGAGCAUAGUAUUGUUAAAUUACAUUAAAAAUUGGAUUUUGUGUGCAUAAAUUGUAUACACCAACAACACACUUACUUAUAUGAUUACUCUUAUGAUUUGAUCUUUAGUUACCAACUAAAAUUAUAAUAAAAAUAGUAAAUUACAAUAAUAUUUAAAUAAUAUACAAACAUAUAUACAUUGCUAUAUCAAUUUUGAAGUGUGUAAAUGAGUAAAAUUGAAUAGGUGAAAACGAAAUGUAAACACACAUAUUCACUUUAUACAAAAAACUAUGAAGAUACAACAAGAAUUAUGUGUAGUAAUAGUGAAUUAAAGCGCCAAUAUAUAUAGAUACAUAUAUGUAUAUAUAUAGUAUACAUACCUACAAACAUAGUUUACAUACAAUAAUUUAUCAAAAUUUAAUGAAACAAGAGGACAAAGAAGGAAAAAGAACAAAAAUUAUAUUUGAAGUUGAUAAGAGUAAAUAAACGGAAUGUUUUAAUUUAGAAAUAAUAUAUGUCAUCAAGUGAAUGAUGUGUGUAGUCUAUAUAUAGUUUAUAACUAUUACUACGAUAAUUACCAAACGCAACUUAAAUACGGUGUCCGCGAAGUAAUGCAAACUAAACAUAACAUAGUGAACAUGCAAAAUGCCUGUAAAAUUGUAUUGUCCUUACGAAAAGGAUAGUGAAUGUUUGAAAUAAUCUGCAUUUUCAUUUUCAAUAAAUAAAUAUUACUACCAUGCCCACAAUUAAUUUAAACAAAUUAAUUAACUAGGCGUUAAUCUUUUCUAUGAAACAUACACAACUCAUAGCUUUUUUUUUUUGUUUCUUUGCCGCGUUUCGUGUGAUCUAUAAAUGCCUUUUUUGUGUUAUCUUCGGGACCCAGUUCAGAUAAAUUAAAUAUGCUUACGAAUAAAGAUGUUACAAGGAUUAAGCUUAAAAAAUAUACAGAUUCUAAUAUAUUUUAAACGGUAACAAAGUGGUGGUAGCUAGUGUUCGCAAAUGUCACUGAUGCGAGCCUCAAAUAAAAAAAAUAAACGCUAAUAGUAUAUAAUAACAAGAAAACCUGACGUAAUUAUUAAAUUAAAUAUAAAAAUACAAUAAAAAUAAAUUACUGUAAACACAUACAUACUUUAAAAGCAUACAUAACUAAAUUACAUUUAAAUGGAGAAUACAAAAAAAAAAGAAAAGAAAAAUACAAUUUAUUAUCUACCACAUACAUUUAAAUUUAUGUAAAAUUAAUCGUAACAUAAUGAUAACUAUUUUAAAAAAACAAAAUAAGAUUACAUAUUUGAUAGAACGAAUGCUAAAUUACAAUUACAAAUGAAACAACUCUAAAUUUAAUGUACGCUAGUAUAAAAUUUUAACGUAAAACUAAAUUAAACAAGCAACCACUUGAUGCAAAGUUAAAGUAAUCGUAACGUAACGUAAAGUAAAAGAGGAUUAAACACAAAACCAACACUGACUGUUAAUUGUAAAACAAUUUCUUUAAUGAUUAUGAUUUACUAUAAAUUUUAAAGUUUAAAUUUUAAUUGAAUAUAUAAAUAUAUACAUACAUAUAUUAAUAUAUACAUAUAAUUAAAUACAUGCAUACAUACUUAUUAUCAAAUAUCGUAAUUAAAUGAAAUACUAUUCAACAAAAUCUGAGUUGAAGCGGGAGGCAUGCAUAGGUAAUAUGAGCCUUGAGGCAUAUCCUUGGUAUAUUAUAAUCAAUGCAGCAAUGUUAUGCUUUCGUAUACAGUUAGCAAUCUUGACAGAUACAUAUAAACAGAAUAAAAUGAGGUGAAUUUCUGCUAUUAAAAUUUAA